GGGAAGUGUCAACGAAUCAACACAUACUUUGUUUUUAGAUUUGCAACGUAGACUCCAUUUUGCGUCGUGUACAAAGUACGGAGACUGUGGAUUUUAUUUCUACAGAUCUUCUAUAGCAAUUCCUGAAGAUGUUUUUGUGGGAUUGGUUUGCAGGCAUCUUAAAUUAUUUAGGUCUUUAUAAAAAGUCGGGUAAGCUUGUGUUCCUUGGGCUAGACAAUGCUGGAAAGACAACACUGCUUCACAUGUUAAAAGAUGACCGGAUGGCACAGCAUGUUCCCACACUUCACCCAACUUCAGAAGAAUUAUCAAUGGGAGGAAUGAGGUUCACAACCUUUGACCUUGGAGGUCAUCAGCAAGCCAGAAGAGUGUGGAAGGAGUACUUUCCAGCUGUUGAUGGUAUAGUCUUUCUGGUAGAUGUAUGUGACAGGGAGAGGUUCGCAGAAGCCAAGGCAGAGUUAGAUAGUUUACUGACAGACGAACAAGUGGCCAGUGCACCUGUGCUUGUUCUUGGCAACAAAAUUGACAAGGCUGGUGCUGCAAGUGAAGAUGAAAUUCGUCACUGGUUAGGACUGCACGGGCAAACUACAGGAAAGGGAACAGUGCCCAGAAACGAGCUUCCGGGACGUCCAAUGGAAUUAUUCAUGUGUAGUGUUCUGAAAAGACAGGGAUACGGAGAGGGCUUCCGCUGGCUAGCUCAGUACAUCAAUUAAAAAAUGACUUUAAUAGCGCAACACAUAAGACAUGGUGAACACUGCAAGGCAACUUAACUUUUCCACAGAGAGACAAAUUGUAUUUCGGAAGUUCUAGAGAUUGACAUCAGGAUGGGAUAACUCCUCCUUCCAUUGAGAAGAAGCAGCUCUUUGUGAUAAUCAUUUCAACCAUGUUGAAUAACAAAGUUCAUUUGCUUACAACAACUCCAUGUUCGUUAUUCCACAUGAAUUAGUUUUGUUUUUUCUUCUCGUGCGAAAUUCCAUUGCUUUUGAGUAGGGAUCCUUUUUUUCCAUAUAAUUUUUUUUUUCAUUCUUUUUUGUGCUUCUGUGUUCAGAUAUAAACUAAAUUGAUUAAUACUUACAGGAUUUAUUAAAAAAAAAAGAUAAAAUAUUUUUAAACGGGUGUAUAUGUACUUGAAAAAUCCAUUAUUAAGAAUUAGAAAUUUUCCACCAAUGUAUUGCAAUUGACUGUGAAAACAAUCUUCUUGCCAUCAAAAGUGUUCAUCAUUUGUACCAAGACAAAAACAAAAAAACCCAAAAUAUAUAUUUCAGUACACUGUACACUUUACUAACAUUUCAAGUUUAUAGCAAAAAGUAUUACUUCUUUUCAGGAAAUAUAUCACUAAAGAUGAACUUGAAAAAAUAAAAAUGUAAAAUGCAGAUUUAUUUGUGUGUGUGUAUCAGUCAGCUUUUUUCCCCAUAGUCAGAUAUUAUUUGCUGGCAAUGACAUACCCUUACUUCUUUUUAAUUGAAAAUUUUGUGAAUUUUGAAAAGCUUGUUGUAUUGAUGUCCAUUUUUAUAUAAUGACGAUAAAAUAAAGCAAGGGUGUAUGAUGUUCUGAUAAGUGAGAGGAUGUACCAGGUAAAAGGUGUGUUCAACUACCUUCAUGAUUUUGUUUCCCUUACUUUUGUCUGGACUGUAAUUUUUGACAGACCGUUAAUUAUAGUGUUAUAAUCUACAGUUAUGCUGUUAAAGAUGCAUGAAUGUUUUUUGUGUUUGUAUCUGUAUGUUUAGGAUGGAUGAGAAUAAUAAAUUGUCAACUAUUUAUACACAA